UACACUGUUGAUAGCAACCAGGAGAGAAAAUGAAGCCGCGCGGUUCUGCAGGUUCACUCGUUUAACCCCAGACUGAACAUGGACGCUGAGGGUCCGGACGCGGGGAAGGACAUGGGGAAGGACAUGGAGCAGGACCAGCCGGGGGACAACCGAGACCUGAGGACAAGCGACGUUUACAGGGUGGAUGAGAAUCUGCCGAAACGGUUCAACAAUCCUGAUCACUUUAAAGGCUACAGUAAGAAGAGCCACCCACUGUACCAAACAACCAACCAGCUCUACGGCAGCAAAAAACCUACAGUUCAUGAAAUGCCGACGAGCUUCCAUGGAAGUCGGAGCAAGUUUUCCGACCUCAUCCUGAAAACUGGAACAUAUCGAGAUAACGGCUUCAACACGUCGGUGGAAAAGAGCUGGAUCACCGGGCCAAAUGACCUGAGCAUGCGCCAGGACAGAAUCAUCUUUCAUCAUUCAUACCACACUGGAGGAAAUGAUCAAACAUAGACUAAUACAUUUUGAUACAAUUUUUCUCUGAUAUGAUUAAAAAAUGCAUUGUAAUGAAUUUAAUUUGCACACAAAACAAUGCCAGCCAGUUUGUAAAGCAGAACAUUAAAUAGAUAUAGUUGCCUGCCUUAUUA